AUGGAUCCCAAUCGUUCCCUCCACCUGCAAGAGGCAGAAGAGGCAGAGGGGGAAACAACCCUUUUGCUAACAAUGACAGAAGCAGGGCGGGGGCAAACUAGAGGAAUCAUCCAGAUCUGGAAGAGCAGGAAGAACACAGGGAGGAAGCUUUGCCCAGACCAUGCAGGGUGGAUCCCAGGAUUGAUUACGCUCAGCCAGAACAGGGGCGAAAUCUCCACCCUGUCAAUGCUUUGA